AUGGACGCCUUGAUCCAUUUGGCGACGUACCGGAGAACGAAGAAGGAUAAGUUCCUUGGCCGGUUAAUCACGGGAGAUCUGCCUGAGUUCGAAUCCAAAGAGGUGUGGGUCAAUCUCAGCAGACAUGAGCGUAUGAUCUACGACCUCAUCACAGAACACUACGAUGCUCUCGAAAAGCGAGAAGGACUCAGCCGGAUAAACUGUCAUCGCAUGAUGAUUUCACAUGCUUGGAAUAUCGAGGGUGUCUUCAGAGAUGAUCUCAACCCUGCAUUCUUGACGAAUCUGAGAGACGGGCUCGAGGAAUUGGCGGCCGACCCCUCCGCCAUCCCCCAAACCAGGAAGCUCCUUCACGCAGCUCCACCCAAUGACCAAGACUCGGAACUCUUCGUCACUCAAGAGCCAACGGUGGGAAAUAGCUCUUCCAAGUCGCAGGAUGCCAAGACGAAGAGAAAGAAGAAGAAAUCGAAGAAGACAGAGGAGAAGAAGUCGACCAAAUCAAAGGAAGACAGGAUUUUCCAUAUCGAUUCGACAGACAAGACACUCGGCAUGGAAAAUCUCCUGAAGUAUACCAUCAACGAGCAGAUGGUGGACGAAGGUUGCACGAAGUGCAAGAAGACGUCAAUCGACAAGCCCUGGAUCAUUUCCCAGCCAUACGACCGAAAAACAGAUGCAAGGCUGGUUGAGAAUCUGUCUACCAAGGAGACAGAGUACGCUGAGGUUGACAGGGUGAGAGCACUUAAGGAAGCAGAAUCCGCACCUCCCACUGCGACUCCCACAAAGAGAACACCGAAGAAGUCGAAGAGGCAGAAGCAGCUCAGUGCCAGAGAGGAGAAGAAGAUCGUCGCGGAUUUUACCAAGAAGAAGUACGGCGGCGAUUAUCGCGGUGUCUUCUUGGACCUCAAGGGCAAGGAUAACGCUUUCAUCAACAUUGGAGUUCACGAGACAGACGGUAUGAUUCCGCUCAGCUCCAAGACUGCGUGUACCAUGGACUACGUCCUCCAAUUUCAGAGCGAAGCGCCCGAAGACAAAAUAAUAGUUUUCCACGAGUUCCUGAAGACCGCGAAGAUCCUCGGCAUCGCUUUGCGUCAGUAUGACAUCCCCUUCUACUACUUCAACGGCGAAAUGUCCGCCAAGAGCAGAGAAGAUGCCAUUACCUCUUUCAAAAACGACCCAAGCAUCAAAGUCCUGCUCGCGUCCAAGGUCGGCAAGGAAGGCCUGAACCUGACCUGCGCCAACCGCAUCAUCAACAUCGAUAACUGGUGGAACAAGGCUGCCCAGCAGCAGAUCUUCGGCCGCAUCGACCGCACGGGCCAGACCAAGAAGAUGUACGCCGUCGUCAUCAGAGCCGCCGACACCAUCGACGAGCACAUCGACGACUUGCAGGAGACCAAGGCCGAGAAGGUGGCGCACAGAAUGCAAGAUGAUCGGCACGAGACGAAGCUCAUGUCGUACUGGGAGGUAAUGAUGCACACGGCGCCCAUGGCGUACCAGGCCAAGUGCGCGCAACUGAUAAAGGAGAUCGAGGAGGAGGAGGCUAGCGAGGACAAGGAAGAGGAUGCUGCGGAGGCUGAACCGGGGGCGAGGCUUUGGGUAAAGGUCUGA